AUGGCCGACACCCAGGCUGCUGCGGCCACCGAUGUCGGUCACAAGCGACCUGAAAAGCCUGAUGAAGCCAAGUUCAAGGCGGAUCUCGCAAAGGCCGAGAAGGAGCACGAAGCCGCGCAAGCUCGCUUCAACGCCAUCCGAUCCAAGCUGGACAGUGCUCGUCCUGGCAAGUCCACUCCUGCGAACGACCGCUUCAAGGAACUCGUCGACGAGCAAAAGUCCAUCCGCCAGAAGCAGCAGGAGCACAAGUCGGCCAAGGCAGGCCAACAAGAAAAGUUCAACCAGAAUGACGCUUUGAUCAAGAAGCUCAUUGCCGAGCAAAAGGAUGCCCGCACCCGUGUCGGUUUCAAGAGCCCGGAGGAGAUCGACUCAAAGAUCGACAACCUCCAGAAGCAAGUCGAUUCGGGCACAAUGAAAUUGGUUGACGAAAAGAAGGCACUCAACGAGAUCUCCCAGCUCCGCCGCAACAAGAAGGGCUUUGCUGGUCUCGACGAACUGCAGAAGAAGAUCGACGAGAAGAAGGCGGAAAACGCCGAACUCAAGAAGACCUUUGACAAUCCUGAGAGCCGUGCCCUGUCUCAGAAGUACGAGGACAAUCAGAAGGAGCUCGACGACAUCAAGGCUGCGCGCGAGGACACCAACAAGAAUUUCGACACUCUCAAGGCUGAGCGGGACAAACUCUACGAAGAGCAGCAGACCACCUAUCAAGCCAUCAGAAAGGUCAAGGACGACUACUAUGCUCAGCGAAAGGCGUACAAAGAGUUCGAGGACCUCAUCUGGCAACAGAAGCGCGAGCGACAGAAGGCCGAGAAGGACGCAUAUGAGAAGGACCGACGCCGCCGCAUUGCCGAGCAGAAGCUGGAGGAGGCCUCCGAGCCCGCUUUCCUGGACCAGAUCCGUACCGCCGAAGGCCUCAUCCGCCACUUUGACCCGACAUACACCACGGACGAAGGUGACAAGGGCCCUGGACAGUUUGCUGCGACAGCUCAGCGCACGAUUGACGAGGCCGGCUUCAAGGGCAUGAAGGUCGUCAAGAAGGAAGACGAGGAUUUCUUUGUCGGCAGCGGCGGCAAGAAGAAGGGCAAGAGCAAGAAGGGUGCCGCGGCUCCUGCCGAGUCUGGCAAGUUGAACAUGAACAUUGGUAUCAUCGAAGAACUGGCCAAGGUGGGCGUGGAUCCACCGAGCACCCAAGCCGAUGUUCCGGGCGUCGUUGAGAAGCUCAAGGAGAAGUUGGCCGCCUGGAAGAGAGACCAGGACGCCGAAACCAAAAAGAACAUCGAAAAAGCCAAGAAGGAGAUCGAGAGGCUCGAGCAGGAAGCUGCGGAAGCCUCGAACACUGCAUCAGCCUCGAGCAGCGGACGGCAGAACCGUGCGAAGAAGGUCUCGGCAAAAGAUGCUCUGGUCAACGGUCCAGUCUCUGCUGAAAGUGAACAAGUUCAAGAGAAGGAUGGCGUCGCCGAUGCUACCAAGGAGCUGGCCGAGGCCAAGCUCGAGGACAAGGAAAGCACCGCCACCGAGACGGCCUGA